UAACCAAAUCUUCUCCCAAUGAAUAAUUUUAGGUUGGCGUGCUUGAGAGCAAUAUAAUAAGUGUCAGUGGAGUAGGCUUUAUGGUUUUUUUCCCAUUUGAGUACGUCGUCUUGCGUAUUGAAAUUCAUCCAAAGAUUGUUAAAGAAGUUCUUCGUAACACAUAAUGCCCAGGUAUUAUUGUGAUUAUUGUGACACCUACUUGACACACGAUUCCCCUUCUGUUAGAAAACAACAUAACGCGGGAUACAAACAUAAGGCAAAUGUGCGUACUUAUUAUCAACAAUAUGAGGCACAAUUGAACCAAAGUUUGAUUGAUCAAAAGGUCAAGGAGCAUCUUGGGGCAUUUAGGCCUCCUGUUGCUCCAUACCCUCAGAUGAGACCUGGUCUACCAAUUCUACCUACUCCAAUGCCGAUUCCAGGGGCUCAGUUUCCAGGUUUUAGGCCUCCAGUUUUGCCAAGGCCCAUGCUUGGAGCUCCUGGUUAUAUGGCUCCUCCACCUGGUCAAGCAAAUGGUUUUCAAAUGCCCGCAAGUGCUCCUCCUCCGACGGUUUCUGGAAGUGCGGGAAUGCCUACUAGUGGUGCCCCACCAAUGUUUACUCCCCAAAUGUAUCCAGGGAAUGCCUCUGUACAAACAACUGGAGGCAUUGAUGGUUCUAAUACGGAUGCUCAAGCUCCCGAGACUGAUCAGUAAUAGGAUACUUGUGCAAGGAAUUUAGUGGUCCCAUAAAGAUGGCCUUUGUUCUUAUAGGCCCGUAGACGAUUGCUGAAAUCAUUAUUUGAGAGAGGCUUUGGAACUGUUAAAGAUGUACUGUGAUCUGUAAUGUUUCCUUGAAAUGAAUGUGUGAACUUUUGAAUCUAA